AAACAGCAAUUACACCACAUUGCUGUUAUGUCGAUAUUCUAAAGUGAUUGUUGUGAAGUUAAAUAGAGUUAUUAUUAGCAUUCCGAUAACAUUUUCGUGUCAAAUAAGAAUAUAAAAAAUGAUAAGUUGUUAGAAGGAUUGACAAUUGCUCAUUGCAUUGCGCAAAAUUAUUUCGGAUAUUUUUCAACGGAAACGGGAGUUAAAUUUAAUUCAAGAAAAGUAUAACAAAAAGUUUGAAGUUUGCAAAGCCCAGCAAUACGAAAUUUACGGUUUACGAAAAGUUUGGUGAUUAUUGCAAAUGUAAAAGCUGAGGACACAAGCCAAUACAUAUGGCUACUGUGUUAAUAUUGAGUACCAUUUUACUGGUAUUAAUAUCUACCCUAUUACAUAAAUAUUUUACUAGAAAUUUUAACUACUGGAAAUCAAAGAAUGUAUUUUACAUUAAACCUAUACCACUGCUCGGAAAUAUGCUGCCCGCCUUGAUAAUGAAGACAACGCUAGGAGAAUGGUUGGGUGACUUAAGCCAUAAAAUCAAAAAGGACUACUUUGGAAUUUUCGUAUUCGAUCGACCAGUUUUGGUGGUUCAAUCCCCAAAGCUAGUAAAAUUGAUCCUACAAAAAGACUUUGAAUACUUUCAAAAUAGAUCAGUGGCCCAUUACGAACACGAUCCGAUUUUGUCCAAUUUUAUGUUCAUGGCUAAAAAUCCACGGUGGAAAGCUGUACGAUCAAAACUCAGUCCAGUUUUUUCUACUGGAAAAUUAAAACAAAUGUUUCCACAUAUCUUAAACGAAGCUAACCUUAUGGUGGAUUACGUCAGGAAUUUAGCUAACGUGCCUAAUGUUGAAUCCAAGGAAAUAUGUGCGAAAUUUUCGACUAAUGUUAUAGCAAGGUGUGCAUUCGCAAUAGACGCUCGAUGCUUCAACACAGAAAAUGCCGAAUUCAGGUAUCUUGGGAGGCAAUUGUUUGAUUUUCGGUACUCUACGGCUUUUCGAUUGUUUACCGGUUUACUAGCCCCGAAGCUAGCUAAUGCACUUGACAUGUCACUUUUUGAUCCUCGCGUGCUUAACAGAUUAAGCAGUAUAUUUGGAGAAAUUCUAUCAAGUAGAAUCUCUACUCCCGAGCUGAAAGGGAAGGAUUUGAUUGAUAUAUUUAUCGAAGAGAGUAAAAGCAAUAAUGUCCAUUUUGAUCAAAAUGUAAUGAUGGCGCAAGCCUUACAGUUCUUUGCUGCAGGAUUUGAAACAGUCAGUGGAACUUUGAGUUUUACACUGUAUGAACUUUGCGUCAACCUACAGUUACAGGAUCGCCUUAGAACUGAAAUAUUUGAUAAUCUUGAGAAGCAUGAUGGAAUUACCUGCGAGGGUGUGUCUGAAAUGAAAUUUUUAGAUAUGUGCAUUGCAGAAACUCUGAGAAAAUAUCCAGUACUUCCAUUUCUGGAUAGAACUUGCUUGCGUGAUUAUAAAGUAGAAAAUUCAGAUCUCGUCAUCGAGAAAGAUUUGGAUGUUUACAUUCCAAUGUUUGCAUUACAUUUCAAUCCUGAGUUUUUCCCCCAACCUGAGAAAUACGACCCACAGAGAUUUGCGGACAAAUCCAAAAUCAAUAACGAAGGACUGUAUUAUGUUCCUUUUGGUGAUGGGCCUAGAAUAUGUAUUGGCAAUAGGUUUGGGUUGUUGGCUGUAAAAAUUGGUUUGGUAAGUUUAUUAUCUAAAUAUAAGCUGGAAGCAACAUCUCAAACUCCAAGGCCAAUAAAAUUCGAACCGAAAGCUCUGAUUUUACAAUCUAAUGUGGGCGUACCUUUGACAUUUGUACCAAUUUGAUGUAUUAUAAAAUUAGUAACAUUUGAAGGUUAAAAUAUAUUGGCUAUUUGUACCCUUCAAAAAGAUCCUUAAUGUCUGGAGUAAUGCAUUAAAUAAAGAGGAACCCAUAUGUCGGAGA